AUGGCAGAACAACCACACGACAAUGAGAUAACACCAAACACUACAGAGCCCUCGGGCUCUCUUACUGCACCCGCUGCGCCCAUAAAUACCGAGCGAUCCACCUCCGACCACUGCGCGAUAUGCCUCGACGAGAUCUCCGAGCGAGCGCAAGCCCUACCUUGUCGGCAUUACCAAUUCGACUUCCCCUGCCUGGGGACAUGGCUACAACAGUCACGCCUCUGUCCGCUGUGUAAAGCCCAGGUCCGGGCAAUCAGAUACAAUAUUGGUGCCAGGGGAGGGAGUUGCAUCUUCUCUCUUCCUGAACCAGAACCCGCCUCGACCGGACGACACGGAGCCCGCGCCGGAUCAGCCACUACUCGGUACCGCAGAUCACGACAAGACAGGCCAUACUCAAGAGAAGGUCGCUACACGUCGUCUGGAAGAACGAAUACUGCUGGGUCGGAAGACACAUCACUCGAUUUCCGCAGACACGUCUAUCGGCACAAACUGUACUCUUUGCGCGUUGGAACGAACCGUAUCUCGCGUUAUCGAGAGUUGACACCAGAGUCAUUCGUUAAGGACGAGCGCCUGACCUCUCGAGCCAGGAUGUGGGUCCGUCGUGAAUUGCAAGUCUUCGAUUUCCUGAAUGGGGAGUCUGCGCCGUCUUCGAGUCGAGCGACUUCAGAUCGACGAGCAAGCAAUGCCGACUUUCUGCUCGAAUACAUCAUCGCGAUCCUGAAAUCGAUCGACCUCAAAGGGAGCACGGGACAAGCCGAGGAGUUGUUGAAGGAUUUCCUGGGCAGAGACAACGCUGGAUUAUUCCUGCAUGAGCUUGAAGCAUGGCUGCGUAGCCCAUACGAACGUCUCAAGGAUUGGGACAGGGCUGUGCAAUACGCCAUACCGGCAAAGGUAGAGCGGGAAAUCAGCAGAUCUGGGGCUGUUUGUGAGAACAACGAAAUCUGCUCUCCUCGAAGUGAACGCUCGACAACAGUUCCUCGGUGGUUUUCGGAGGGAUUUGUGCUUAGAGAUGGCAAUGGAUGA